GUACACAUGCACAAAUCGCUGCGCGCUCCCGACCUCUCUCCUGACCAACUUCCAGAGUUAAUCAGCAGCAGAGAAGUUGUGAGAGGAAAAGUCAGACUCGGUCCAGAGAGGAGACGCGGAGUGAACUUUAAAGCGACCCCGUCCAGCAGCAGGAGCCAACAUGGACGACCUAGAUGCGUUGCUGGCAGACCUGGAAUCAACAACAUCCCACAUCUCAAAGCGACCAGUGUUCUUGCCUGAGGAGACCCCCUACUCCAUCCCUACGGGAGGACAUUCUUACCAGGAUGUGUCAGUUCCACCCCCAGUCCCACCUCCGCCCUCAGCCGAGGCAUUAAAUGGUUCCCUGAUAGAUCAGCCGGACUCCCACCACUCCUCUCAGCAGUCUUUAGGUUCAGCACAGAAGAGCUCAUGGUCCAGAGACAGUAGCAGCUCUCCGUUGUCUCACAUUGAAGAGGACCACGUCUACAGUUUUCCAAACAAACAGAAGUCAUCUGACUCGUCAACAGCAGCUAUGACCUCUGCUCUGGGCAGUAACCUCUCUGAGCUCGACAGGCUUCUGCUGGAACUCAAUGCAGUACAACAGAGCUCCCCUUCAUUCCCCACGACAGAGGAGGCAGCUCCACCCUUACCUUCCUGCAGCAUCACCCACUACGAGAACGGCAGUGGUCCUGACAUCAUGGUGAGCCCUCCGCCUCAUGAGAAACCCAAGAGGAACGGAGCGAGGCUGGAUGAAACCCGACCCACUGUGGAGAGUCUGCUGGACGAGCUGGAGGGCUCAGUGCCAUCACCCAGCCCCCCUGCUUGUCACAGUGACUUGGACACCCCCUCUCAGCAACAAGCCAGAAUCUCAGCUUCCUGUGCCACGAGAGAGUUAGAUGAGCUAAUGGCCUCUCUGUCUGACUUCAAGCCCAGUUCUUUGGGCUCACUGUUGGACCCAGCAGGAGCAUCUUCCAGCUCUCCUCAUCCUCCAAUCUGUUCCUCCGUCACCCCAGUAGCAUCUCCUUUUCCUAGUCUGUCCCACCCGUCUGCCUGUGCCUCUCCCCUCUUCUCUUUGCCUGCUGGUCUAGAGUUGCACAUAGAUGAGGAAGGAGGAGACGGUGGUAUGUCGAUGGCCUAUCCACACCGCCUCCCCCUCCACAGCCCCAUAUCUUCACUUUCUGCAGCCAGUGAUCUAGACAUGGACUCUGCCAUAGAUAUCUCUGCCGCCAUGCUGUCAAAUCAAACCAGGUCUCUGCUAGUCCUCUCUCAGUCUGCGUCAUCCAACUCCUACCUGAUGAGAAAUAGCCCGAGUCCUUCCAAUACCACCACCACCCCUUCACUCACGUCAGUUAACACUGUACUGGACCACAAGGGCUCCAGUCCAUCUGUAGAACGGAUCUCACCCUCAAAUACUGUCGGUAUAUUCUCUUGUGCUCCUGAGACUAUGAGCAGGGGGUCUGCUUCUUUUCAUGAGUUUGAUAUGAUUUGCUACACUCCAUCUCCUUCAAAAAACCUCACCCCUCCUCUCUCAGUGCCAAAGACUCCUUCACCUCUCCCUGUUGCUCUCUCUAUAUCUCCACCAUUUGUGCAUGCCUACUCAAAAACCUCCUCACCAUCUCCAGUCUCCCCAUCGAUGGUCCCCUCCCCACUGGACUUCACGAGUAGCCCCAGCAGGCAGCUGUCUGAGCCGGCACCGGCAGCCCAGAGAGCAAGCCCCUUCGCUGUGCAGCAAGCCCCCAUGGACGAUCCCUCCCUGAAUGAGGCACUAGACAAACUGCUAGCUAUGGGUUUUGCACAGAAUCACUCAGCAGAGCAUGUGGAGGAAACACAGCUGAAGAUGGAAGCACAUUGUCUGGGCAGAGGAAUGCCGGAGGUGCAAGAGGAGCUCAUCCUGCCCAUGGACAGAAACUGCAUGCAGCCUGACACCUUUACCAGUGCCACCAACACCAUCACAGACGACUCCGUGGACGGAGGCACUGAUGGAAACGGAGACCUGGACUGGGCUGAUGAGGAGCUGUCUGUGUCUUUCCAUGAUGGCCUGGAUGGCACCAUGACGCCCUACACUGAGAGGCCGUACACAGAUGGCAGCAUGACCCCAUUGACAGAGGCCAGCUGGAUGGAUGAGUCCAUGACCCCGUCUUCGUGCCCUGGGACCCCGGACGUUGCCCUGGACCUUCCCAUGAUGCAGACUCCCAAUAUAGACCGAGUCUCUGCAUCCGGACAUAUAAAGUCAGUGAUAAGACGUACUAAGGAGACUACCAACGUACAUCCCAUGUUCCGAGAUGGUCUCCUGCGCAGGAAGAUGGGACCUGUCAUUGUGAACAAGAACAGUUCUCAGGACCGCCUCAUAGAAGAGCUGCAGGGAAAGUUUGGGAUCGGCCGCUCAGAGCGCCGACGUAAACAGUCUGAUGACUGGCUGACCGAGGGAGUCAUCGUCUCGUCCAAACCCCAGCGUUUCCGUCCUGACGGGGCCGGCAGUGAGGUCGACAAGGUCAUGAUUCCCCCAGAGUCGCCUGUCCCUGUGAGGAAGGUGCUACCACCUCCCUCUCCCCCAGCACCUCGUUGCCCUCCUAUUGUACAAGAACCCAAGCGACCGCCCGCUGUACAACUUCCCCUUGUUCCUAUACCACCACCACCACCACCACCACCACCACCACCCCCUCCUCCACCACCGCCUUCUCCCCCUCCACAACCUAAGCACUUCCACCAACUGUUUCCACCUCGGCAGAUCAUAAAAGCUUCACAUCCACCACCGGCCCCAAUUCAAGAACCUCCUGCCCCUAAGUCAGAGCCCCCUCCUCCUGUUCUUAAAACCCCAAUACGGCCUCCACCUGUGGAGCCAGUGGCACCAGUUGCACCCAAAGUGCUGGUGUCUGUAGGCUGCCAAACAGAGUAUGACCCAGUCUUCCCUCCUAUGCAGAUUAUGGCCCAAGGUAAGGGCGGGGUUCCUGGUGGGCCCCCAACACAGGUCAACAAGCUGGACAACAUGCUUGGUAGUCUGCAGUCUGACCUCAACAAACUGGGCGUGCAGACAGUAGCUAAAGGAGUUUGCGGUGCCUGCUGUAAACCAAUCGUAGGACAGGUGGUGACUGCCAUGGGCCGCACAUGGCACCCUGAACACUUUGUGUGCACACACUGUCAAGAGGAGAUCGGCUCCAGGAACUUCUUUGAGCGUGAUGGACAGCCCUACUGUGAGACGGAUUACCAUAACCUGUUCUCCCCACGCUGCUACUACUGCAACGGGCCCAUACUGGAUAAAGUUGUGACGGCGCUGGACAGGACAUGGCAUCCAGAACACUUCUUCUGCGCUCAGUGUGGAUCCUUCUUUGGCCCAGAAGGUUUUCAUGAAAAGGAUGGAAAAGCCUUCUGCAGGAAGGAUUACUUUGACAUGUUUGCACCGAAAUGUGGAGGCUGUGCCCGAGCCAUUCUGGAGAAUUACAUCUCAGCACUGAACAGCCUCUGGCAUCCUGAGUGUUUUGUGUGCAGGGAGUGCUUCACCCCGUUUGUAAAUGGAAGCUUCUUUGAGCACGACGGUCAGCCCUACUGUGAAGUGCACUACCACGAGCGCCGCGGCUCCCUCUGCUCCGGCUGUCAGAAGCCCAUCACUGGCCGCUGCAUCACGGCCAUGUCCAAGAAGUUCCACCCAGAGCACUUUGUCUGCGCCUUCUGCCUGAAACAGCUCAACAAAGGCACCUUCAAAGAACAAAACGACAAACCCUACUGCCACGGCUGCUUCGUCAAGCUGUUCAGUUAGAGCAUUUCACUUUAACCACAUGUGGGUCAGGGCUGAGAUAAAGUGUCUAAAGCUUCUUUAGCACAGGUGGGGUGAGAAUGGAUUGUGUUUGUCUCAAAAAAAGAAAAGUAGUCUGUUUUCUAAUGGUGACAUGGGAGGUGUGUAGGGGUUUGGAAAUGUGAAUGAGGUAGAAGCAACGACUCUGCCGGACUAAAAUACUUGUUACAUGUCCUUCAGAAAAGUGGGUUGCUAGACAGUCAGACAGCAACUGGCUUAAGAAUCAUCUGUGGGUUUUGAGUAGGUCAAACAGUCUCAGUGUGAUGCUCAAUAUUUAAAGGACGCUGACAGUGAAAGUGAGAUAAGAAGAGUUUUUCAAAUCAACACUGAUGUUUCAAAUCAACAAAUUUUUCCCAUCCAAUGUGUUGGACAUUUUCUACGGGCAAAGAGCUGUCCUUAUUUUUCUCUCACAUCAUUGUGUUUUCAAAUCUUUUUAAUGUUGUUUUUUCUUUAUAGAAGGUGGUGAAAUCUUACUGAACACUGUAGAAAUCCAUGAAAUACUCUUGUGUGUUUGACAUUGUUGCUCACUGGUUGAGUGUGUCAUUAUAGUUAACAUAAAGAAAAAGAAAAAAACAGUAAACUUAUAGCACGGAACAGGUGACGUGUUGUUUUUAGCCUGACAAUAUAACCCUUUUUUUUUUUUAAUUUACAAAAGCUAUUAGAUGAGUUUUUUCAUGAAACCUUGGGAAGAUGGAUAAAAUGGGCUGAGUCCACUUUCACAAGUUUUAUUUGUAUGUGUGAAAGUGAUUGUAGUGUCAUUACACUCACUCAGCCUAGGAAAACACCAUUAUAUGAAUGAUAUUUUUCUUAUAAAUGAAUCAAAAUGUGAUAAUCAGUCACUUUCAGUUUAUGACACCAGAAUCUCAAUCACUCGCGCACACACAUGCUUUUAGCCAAAGUAAAAUAAUGUAUGGAUGAAUAUGUUACAGUGAAGAGAUUCAGUUUGUAGCCUUCCACCUUUAGCUGCAGUAUUUCACUUUCUCCAUCACGUUUAAAUAAACCUCAUGUUUUUGUGCUGCCCAAUCAUUCCUUAUUUGUUGUCCACUGAAGAAAAAAAUCUAAAACGGUUUCAGUCGCAUCUUACAACGAACUGGAAUCUCACACAAUUCUUGGGAGGAUAUUGUGAACAUCUUCUGCUACCGUUGCUGUUUCUGAGAAGAUCCUGGAAUUUUUUUAAUGUAAAUAUAAUGCAGCUACUUUGUAAGUAAAGCGCUGGGAUGCUUAGCGUGUUACACGUGUGUGAUAACCACUCGUCUGAAGAGGCUGGUGAGAAGGCAGAGCAGAGACACCUUCAGGUGUUGUUACUGUAUUGAGAAGCUGAUGAAUGUUCAUUGUUUUCAAUGAGUAGUUUAUAAUGCAAGGAAAUCUUCAAACGUGUCUGUGAUACUCCAGUAGCUUUGUAUUUCAGUGUUCUAACACAACAGUGCGUCUGUACCAUUGUAUCAACACCAACAUCACUAUGUCUAAUGACACUGGCAAAUUCAGCAAAUUACUGACAACAGAUCCACAUCCACAGUUCUGUUUUCAAUGUCUGUGAGCCUGGUGGUCUGUUCCAAUAAAUCACAGAACAUCCCUCAGCCUCUGAGCAGCAUCUACUGUAUAUGAGCACCAGGUUGGGUCUGAACACGGUGAAUCAUGACAUGCAGCAGAUAUUUUCGUCUCAUUCAGGGAAAUCUCAGAGCCUUAAAUCUUUCUCUCGAGAUUGUGUAACGGUUUUCUGUUCAAAUCAAUUUAGUCGAGUGUUAUUUAACCAAAGCCAUACCUUCUUUGAACUGUUUUUUCUGUUCACUGUUUUUUCUUUUCUUUUCACUUUGAAUGUUGAUAGUUAUGAAUCCUGAGAUUCUUCACCUCUAGUCUGAUUACACCAAUAAAUUCUGUUUUGGUAUCAAAA